AUGAUUCUCAAGUCAUCAUUAUCCAAAUUUACACCGCAAACUGUCAUCAGUGCCUCUAUUGCAGCAUUGACUGGCUUGAAUGUGGGAUGGCACAUUAGUGUGCCUAAUAUGCCUCAAAAUGUAAUUACGAAAUGCAGCGUUGGAAAAUGGAGUCCCAAUCAACUACCGGCCUGUUUGCCAAUGUCUGAUUCAGUCUGGGGCACUACUAUUGGUGCUUAUGCGCUGGGCGGCUUGGUUGGCAGUCUAUCAAGCAGAUAUCUCAAUGAUCGCUUUGAGAGAAAGACAAACAUGAUAAUUGCUGGAUUCUGGAUGAUGUUGGGCGGUAUGCUUUCUGCCUUAUCCAUCAAUACGCCCAUGUAUGCUCUAGGUCGAGUAUGUGUGGGCAUCUCUGCUGGUGCUAGUGGCUCCAGUGUGGGUAUCUAUGUAUCGGAAAUUGCAACCACGGAGACACGUGGUGCUCUUGGAUGUCUUUAUGAAUUGUUCUUGAACUUGGGUAUUCUAUUGACACAGGUAGUAGGUCUGUAUAUGAGCUUUGUGCCUGUUUGGAGGCUUCUAUGGGCCAUACCCAGCUUAUUGACAGCUCUUCAAAUGGUAAGCUUAUAUUUGUUUUGUGUGGAGUCGCCUCGCUAUUUGAUUUCUGUUGGAAAAGCAGAGCAAGCAAAGGCAGCAUUGUACAAGCUGCGAGGCAAAGCGUGCGAGGUUGAAUGGGCUGAACUCGAGUCAUCUUUCUUGGCACAUUCAGAGAAUAGGACAAUCUUAUCCAUCAAAGAGCUGCUGCUCAAAGAUAAGCGAAUCAGAAACAUGGCACUGGUCGUGUGCAUAAUACAAAUGUACAAUCAAAUUGGCGGUGUGGGCCCAAUGUCCAUUUACAGUGUGGGAUUCUUGACCAAGGUGUUCCAAGGAAACGCAAUGACAGCGACUACAGUGACCUUGGCCAGUUCUGCUGGAGCUGUGGUUGCUACCUUCAUAUCUGCCGUCUACAUGCAUCGAGUGGGAAGAAAAGGCUUCAUGCUGAUAUCCACUAUGGGUAUGACAAUAGGCUCAGUGUUUCUCGUCAUUGGGUCCGUAUCACCCAAUGCAAUGGAUUUAGCACCCUUGUCCAUUACGGCAUCCGUGCUCUUCGUUUUCACCUACAGUAUGGGAUGUGGUGUCGUGCCUUGGAUGAUUGCUCCUGAAUUAUUGCCUCUAGCUGCUCUGCCUUCGGGCUCUGCACUUGCUAAUGCCUGCAACUGGCUGAUCAAUUUCAUUGUGAAUACAGUCUGGCCACCAAUGAAUGCAAGCCUUGGAAAGUAUAGCUUUGUGGUGUUUGCCGUGAUCAAUUUCCUGGGUGUGGUCUUUGUAUGGUUCUGUAUGCCAGAAACAACAGGAAAAGAUUUGGAUACGUUGGCUGAUGUAGAGCAACCGGAUAUCAAAGAAGAUGGUGAUAUGCCAUACUGCUAA